CGGGGCCUGAGCGGCCGCGUCCACCACGGCGGGCGAGCCCGGGCGCCCCGCGCAGGUUAAGACUUAGAGCCGGUGUGCCUGCCGGGCUGCGCCCAGCUCAGAGCCAUGCCCGUGCGUGGGUGACGCGGGAAGCCGGGAUGGAGCCGCUGCCGCCGCCGCCGCCACCACACCUGGCUGCUCCGCAGAUGGAUGCCCGGCCGCCACAGGGACAGCAGAUGCGGGAGGCCCAGGUGCUGUAUGCGCAGAAGCUGGCCGCACAGCCGGCCCUCCUGUGUGCCACGCCCGGGAGGCCUGCUGGCAGCCCUGCCCUGGCUCCGUCAGCCAGAGGCGCCCCAGCCGCGGCCGCGGCCCGCGUCUUCGAGCACAGCGUGAACUCAGAGGCUGAGGAAGAGGAAGGAGGGCUGGCAGACACAGACGGGGAGGCCGAGGCCGAGAAGGAGGCCCAGGCGGCCUCCAGAUACUUUCACGUGCAGAAAGCGGCUCGCCAGGAGCCCCGUGUGGCGCCCGUGUCCAGCGUGCUGCCCGCGCCAGGGCACCAGGCCAGAGACGAUCAUACCAAAGAUGCUUCCCGGGCCCCGCCUGCCCUGGCCGCAGCGGGGCAGCCCACCUGGAAUCUGGACGAGCAGCUCAAGCAGAACGGCGGUUUGACCUGGAGUGAUGAUGCGGACGGAGGCCGGGGAAGAGAGAUCUCCCGGGACUUCGCCAAGCUGUACGAACUGGACGGUGACCCCGAAAGGAGAGAGUUCCUGGAUGACCUCUUCAUCUUCAUGCAGAAGAGGGGGACCCCCAUCAACCGGAUCCCCAUCAUGGCCAAGCAGACACUGGACCUGUACAUGCUGUACAAGCUGGUGACGGAGAAGGGCGGCCUGGUGGAGAUCAUCAACAAGAAGAUCUGGAGGGAGAUCACCAAGGGCCUGAACCUGCCCACCUCCAUCACCAGCGCCGCCUUCACACUGCGGACCCAGUACAUGAAGUACCUCUACGCCUACGAGUGUGAGAAGAAGGCCUUGAGCUCCCCCGCCGAGCUGCAGGCAGCCAUCGACGGCAACCGCAGGGAGGGCCGGCGGCCCAGCUACAGCUCCCCCCUCGUGGGCUACUCGCCAUCUGCCGCCUCCGCUGCCGGCGCCCCUGCACUGCUCACCCCCCCCAGGAUCCGCUUUCCCCUCCUCGGGCUGGGCUCCAGCGGCGGCCCCAACGCCGGCGGCUCGCGGGUGGCCCCGGCCAGCGCACUCAGGAAAGGCGACACCGCACCUGUGCCGAAUCGCCUGGCUGUGCCCGGGACCUUGGCAGGCCAGGGGGCCGGCCCUCGCACGGCCACACUGGAGCAGCUGCGGGAGCGGCUGGGCGCGGGGGAGCCCCCCGAGAAGAAGGCGGCGAGGCUGUCGGAGGAGGAGCAGCGCCUGGUGCAGCAGGCCUACCAGCGCGGCUGCCUCGGCACGGCGCGGCCGCUGCCCGUGAGGAUCAGGAUCAACGGCAGGGAGGACAGAGCCGAGGCCUCGGCUGCUGCGCUGAGCCUGACCACCAGCGGCAUCGGGAGCAUCCACAUGUCUGUGGACAUCGACGGCACCACCUAUGCAGGUGUGCUCUUUGCCCAGAAGCCCGUGGUCCACCUCCUCGCCGGGGCGGCGCCCCAGGGCAGCGGCGGCAGCAGCAGCAGUGGCGGCGGCGGCGGCGGCAGCUCGCACUGCUCGCCCAGCCCUACCUCGUCUCGGGGCACGCCCGGCGCCGAGCCCUCCACCAGCUGGUCCGUCUGACACGGGGAGUGGAGGG